AUGGUUGUGAUUGGUGGAGUUGGUGGUGGGGAUGGUGAUGAAAGUGAUGGUGAUGUUGAGUUUGUUGAUGUUGGUGAUGAUGGUUAUGGUGAUGGUUGCAUUGGUGGAGAUGGUCCUUGUGAUGGUGGUGAUGAUGGUGAUUAUGAUGAUGGUGGUGGCGAUGAUGGUGGUGAUAUUGGUGGUCAGGAUGUCAUAGUGAUGAUGGCGGUGAUGGUAAUGGUGAUGGUUGUUGUGAUGAUGGUGAUGGCGUUUGUUGUAGUGAUGGUGGUUGCUUUGGUUGUGGUGAUGGUAUUGGAGACGUAG